GAUGAGUCAAAUGUCACAUAAAUGUCUUGGAAUAGAAAUAUGAACAAAACAAGAUAUGAAAAUUUAUCUGCUGAUUACCACGUUCCUCACGAAUAUAUUUACUAUGAUAUUUUUAACGUACAAUAUAGUAGAGCCACCGAUACUCAACUUGUUGGUUAUGGUGUUACAACUACUUUUCUUAGGAUUAUUUUUGUACUUAUAUCACGCCUAGGUUUCAUAAUAAUCCAAAUGGGGAGCAUACCCAUAGAAAAUAUAUAUAGGAUUAUAUUCUACAACAUUUUCGAGAUUGGAAAUGCCAUCGCUUCCUAUGCUCUCGUAGGAUUCAUAUUGUCCUUUGGGAACAUGACUCUCAGAGGAUGGAUUGGAUAUUCAAGCAGUCUUUCUUAUAAUUUAGAUGAAGCAAUUUUGGGAAUUUCUGCUUGUCUUCUCGGAACAGCCCAAAUAUCAACUUUCCUGAUUGGUCGGAUACAUCUCGUAGCCUCGAUUGCAAUAACUUUCCUAUACUGUGCAUUCUACCAACCCCUAUUGAUGCACUGGAUUUGGCACAGCAAAGGGUGGAUGAACAAGGCAGUAUUGUUGAAUAAGAGAGUGUCUGCUAAAGAUUUCGCUGGAGAUUUGGUCAUACAUUUAUCCAGCAGUUUUGUAGGAUUGAUGGGUGCGAUGUUUUUGGGUAGACGAUUGAUCAAAUUGAAGGACCUCGAUGAGCAUUCUCUUGGACGUGAACAGAGUGGGAAUACUAUAAUGGGUUAUGUAUUUAUCCUUUUUGGAUACCUUGCCUUCAGUUUACCUACCCCCCUGUACCAGUCAAUGAGAAUUCCUGAUAACUACAUAGGAAUCAUAAUGAUCAAUAACAUGGUAGCUUUUGCAACAGGUAUUAUUCUAGUGAGCCUCCUUCACCUCAUCAUAUACCGAAAAAUUUUCACUUACUGGAUAAUCCUGAGAUGUCUUCAAGGAGGCAUAGCAGGUGUGAUAUCAGUAGCGGCAGGCGUCGAUAUUUACAGCCCCUAUGCUUGUAUAGCCAUCGCCACUGUCGCAUCCGUAUUUUUCUUCUUCUUCUCCAUACUCGUCCACAAUACAGCACUCGAAGACUAUUGCAACUUCACCUCUUCGCAUCUGGUCUGUUCUGUUCUGGGCUCGAUGGCCUGUCCCCUUCUGGCUCAAAAAGAAAACUUCGGGGUUUCCGCAAGGAAAAUUCACGUAUUGUGGCAGUUUAUUUGUCUUAUCGCUGUGAGUGCCUUGACCCUCUUUUUCGCUUGGCUCGUGUUUCUCUUCCUUUCCCUUGGUGAACUUCUGCGAAGCAAACGGGAGGUGAUGAACCACCAGAGAGCCGUGGUGGUCCAAAAAUAUUUGCCGAAGAGGGCGUUUCUGGAGAGGCUGUUCAUGAUUGACAGUAAUACAGAUCAUAUCGAACCUAGUGAGACGGCCAGGAACAGUUUCCUCCGUCUGGAAGGUAGCAAGGAUGGAGGAAGGUCUGGCAGAGAAGCGGUAAUCAGGACGGUGAAUUAUGAGAAACAACGACCAAUGAAGCUGAACAGGUUCAAAAAACUAACUGUACAUAACGCGGAUAUAGUUUCAGAAGCGAACAUUCCUCUUCAACCUAUUGUUAUGAGUGAUAAUCGAAAUGGUGGUGAUGAGGAUAUUGCAGAGACUUAUGUUGAAACCAGUUUGGCUUCCAAAAUUCGGAUAUAUCCUAUGAAAGAAAAUUUAGAAUAAAGAAAUAAUGCUAAUU